CGUCAUUCCGCCUCGCUGUACAUCAAGUCAACAACCCAGCAAACACGGUCGUGACAUGCGUCCACACCUAGUGCUACGUCUACAUCUUGAUACCUAUAUCGCAUGAAACGCUCGGAGAUGUGAGCGUCCUGUCACCAUGCUCGCAGUUGCCUCUCCGUUGUUAGCCUUGCUGGUGAGUGCUGUAUUCGCUAUACAGCCUGAAGCUCGACCUGCCGUUGCAGCACCGCUACGGGAAUUGCCUUGGUCGCAGUUGAACAUCCUACAUACUACGGAUGUUCAUGGCUGGUUUGGUGGUCAUUUGCAGGAACCUUCAUUUUCCGCUGACUGGGGAGACUAUAUCUCCUUUGCACAUCACCUGCGCAAGAGAGCGGACGAAGAUGGAUCGGACGUUAUACUGGUAGAUACUGGCGAUCGCAUAGAAGGCAACGGCUUGUAUGAUGGCUCAGAUCCGAAGGGCAUCUACAGCUUCGACAUUCUCAAAGAGCAGCACAUCGACUUGAUAUGUUCGGGCAACCACGAGCUGUACAAGGCGAACUCGUCGAACAACGAGUACAAUAUUACAGUUCCAAACUUCAAAGACAGUUACCUUGCGUCCAAUCUUGAUAUCAUUGAUCCUAGAAACGGCAGCCGGGUACCGCUCGCUCCGAGAUACAAGAAGUUUUCGACUAAGAACCAAGGUAUUCGAGUGCUGGCAAUGGGCUUUUUAUUUGACUUCAAGGGCAAUGCGAACAACACAAUCGUGCAGCCGGUGAAAGAGACGGUCAAGGAAGAAUGGUUUCAGAAGGCGAUACGUGACGAGGACGUUGACUUGAUCCUAAUCUUUGGCCAUGUCGCUAUUCGCUCGCCGGAGUAUGACACCAUAUUCAAGGAAAUCAGAAGUGUGCAAUGGGACAUGCCAGUUGCUUUUCUAGGAGGACACACGCAUAUCAGGGAUUACAAAAAGUAUGACAGCAAAUCAUUUGCUCUGGAGAGUGGGAGGUACUUGGAAACUAUAGGCUUCAUGUCGAUUUCUGGCCUGGCCACGCACAAGGGGGACUCGCCGUCUGCACAGAAAAGCAUCAAAUUCGAUCGACGGUACAUUGACAAUAACCUGUUCUCGCUGUACCAUCACUCAGGCACAAACGAGACAACGUUUAAUACGGAGCUAGGCUUUAACACCUCCAAAGCAAUCCAUUCGGCGCGAAAGUCCCUCAAGCUUAACAAGGUACGUGGAUGUGCUCCAACGGAUCUCUUUGUCAACAGGGCACCGUAUCCGUCGAACCACAGCAUCUUCACCUGGCUAGAAAACGAAGUCCUUCCCGAUGAACUUAGCAAGUCCUACCGUUUCACAAAGGAGAAGCGAAAUGCCAUUGUUUUGGUAAACACCGGUGCGCUACGAUUCGACAUUUUCAAAGGCCCGUUCACACGUGAUACCGAAUAUUUAGUCUCCCCAUUCACAUCUGGCUUUCGCUAUGUAGCAGAUGUUCCGCUGAAGACAGCAAAGCGGAUUCUGGAUCUGCUCAAUAACGAGGGACCUUUGGCGAGCCUACUCUCGGUUUCGUACUCCACUGCAGCCACGAAACAGCUUAGCCCCCCGGAAAAGCUGGGCGCGUUCGCACUUGAGGAGCGACGUCUACAUACGGAUGAUUUUCAACCCAUCCCGGGCGCUCAAGCACCACUCAUGACCUCAACACAUGAUGGUCCAGAUCUCAUUCCGGGCUACACCACUGAAGAUGAUGCCGGCACGGAUGGCGACGAUACAAUUCACUCCCCGAUCACAUUUUGGAAUGUCCCCAAUGCGUUUCAAUCGACUGUGGGUUUCAAACUAAAGGACGAAUUGAGUGAAGAUGAAACGGUGGAUGUGGUGUACAAUGAGUUCAUGCAACCAUGGGUAUUGCUUGCACUUGAGUAUUUAGGAACCAAGGUCAGCGCGAAUGAGACAUCAAACUACUUGAAGGGAAAGACAAUGACUGAUGUCAUGGUGGAGUGGAUCGAGAGGAAUUGGGCGAAGAAUUGUUGAAACGAAUGUGUGUACAACGUGAUGAUCUUGGCGUUCUGGUAGACGUGCGGCUUAGAUACUCAAGACAGCGCUUACGCGUUCUUCACUGCAGGGCAUGGACAUUUAACUGAGAGUUUCAAAUCAUUAAAUCCUGCGAUCAUAUUUGUACAUCUUUCGAGAAAUAUGGAAAUGCCGACGUCGAACGGAGACACUCUAUGUCCCCAAAAAUUAAUAAAGGAGAGCCGGGAGGUUCAUAAAAUCCCUUGAUUAAAUAGAGCAUUUUGACCCGUCCGGGCUAAUCACUAUGACGGCUCUUUUGCAUACGCU